GAUAAAAUCUUCAGAUAUUUAGUGGAAAUUGGCUCCCUGAUAUCUUCAUGUUGUCAGAGGACUCCAGGAACUCCAAGCAAUUUUACCACCCCACUGUUCCUUUGGAAACCCCAGUCUAGAGCCAUUUGUAAACUUUGGAUUCAAUUUCAGCUCUCCAACUGUUCAAAAUCUGGUAUUCAUUUUCUAACAAGAGGAGUAAGAGAGCACAGAAAGGGCGAGGGGAUGUCAGAACAUUCAUUACACACACAGACGGUAAAGUUUCUUCUUUGAGUUAGCAGCCAGCCCAUGUGGAAAAUCUUUGAUGCAGCAUCAUCAGAGACGCCUGGAGCUCUUCACACACACAGUGUGGGCAGAGGGGGGCCAAGCCUGGAUUCAUUUCCAGGAACGGGUUACCGAAAUAGAUAUAUCUUGAUUAAAUCCCCAAACUGACAUCUAUGAUUCCAUGUACCUAGCAUUUUCAUACUUAGUUGCAUGUAUAUCUUAAAACAUUUAAAGAAGUGUGUGCUGUGGAAUCUGAACUAAUUUAAAGCAUUCAUACUCCAUGAAAUUCUGGAUUUCCACAUUACUUUUGCUUGCAAGCACACACAUAUAACAUUACAUCAAUACAGACUCUCUGGAAAACUUUCUGUCUGGAAGGUCCAUGGAGAAAACUGUCUUUCAGUUCGGAUAUGGCUGCUCCAGAACUUUUGAUUUGCUCAUCAGCGUGUCUUGCACUCAUGAAAGCAAGAAAAUCAGAGCUUCUGCAAAUCAAGCUCCAGACAAGAAAUUCAGAUUACCACAUCAGUUACAGUAUGAAAAGAAGUUACUCCCAGCCAAUGGCUUCCCCUGCAGUUAUAAAGACGUUACUGACCCUACGGCUGAAAGGGGAAUUUGUGUCCAACUAAAACCACACAAAUACCUGAUUCCAAAAGAAUCAUAUUGGUUUCAUCACACCUUGGUAUGUAUCUCCUGGCAUUUCCCAGAUAACAACUUCCUGCCCUAACUCCAGAGAUUCCACAACAAACUGCUCUUGUAUUUGCAGUGAUCUCACUGACAGACUGUAAUAUUUAGCCAGCAUACAAAUAUACAUAGUAAAGCCUGGUUUUGUUAGGUAGCUGAAAUAAACUGUUCUGCCUAAUUAUCAUUAAAGGAAGGUCCCCUGGAAUCAUACCCAAGUUUUCUUUUUUUUUUUUUCUUUUUCUGUUAUUUCAGUCUUUCAAUUGAUUUGGUAGAUUAGAAUUUUUUUUUCUUUUAAAUAUCUGUUCCCCUCUCUUCUAUCCCUUGCUCGUGAAUGCACACCUGUGCACCUGUUUUCAUGACAUUUUUUUCCUCUCACGCUAAAUAGUCUUGGAAAGAUUUCAUGGCUGCACGUAACUGUCUUUGGUGCCAUCUACUGGCAAGCUCUGAUCAGCCACCAAAACAUUCAAGAAGUUGUACCAAUUGCACUGUAAUCUCAGUGUAGUCUCUUGACAAAAAUCAUUUCUUGAAUGUUCCGCAACUCCAGCAUGAUUAUCAGUUCCUCUCUGAUCUCAUGCCACAUUCUCACGUAUUACCUAGGAAUCUGACCAAAAACAAAGAUAGAUUCCUAGACAGAAAGACUGGAUCAUUAAGUUGACAUAUUCAGGAUAAAAAGACUUUAAAAAUAACUUGCUCCAUUGAUUUUAUAUAGCCCAGAAAGUUUUGCUUUCACCAUGCUCAAUUUACCACACAGCACAGCUUUAGAAUAACGCAGCUAGCACUUCUUGUAAGAGUUCAUGUCUUGAAGAAAUUAUCCAGAAAAACUAAGUGCUAGAUGAGGCACUGUGCAGAAUUUUUGAGGGAAAAGACAGCAGCUUUAUGUUACACCAACCAAGAGUUAGGAUUUAUUUUAUAUGUAACAGCAUUACUCAAAUACUAUCUAGACCUACAACAAUAUUCUGUGCGUGUCUAUAAAUGCGUGGGUGUGUAACGUUCACCCAAUGGGUUUUUACACUAUCAUAAUUUCAGCCAUUCUCAAGACCACUGAGUUCCAACAGAUUUCGUAACGCAGUUGAGCGGAGGACCCAGCAAGAGAAAAGCUGCAGCUUGUGCUUAGUCACUGUUCAAAUCCUUGUGGAAGUUUAUCUUCUCAAUUAAGGAAAGAAGAACCAAAUAUUACCAAUUUCAUUGUUCAGUUUCACUCCUUACCUUUUACUGACGCAUACUGCUUUGUGCUACUGAAUGACUGACUACUGUGAUUUAAAAUGCAUGCCAUGCAAUGAAUUAAUCCUGAGGAAAUGCGUCUCAGCAUUAGUGUUAUUUGAAGACUGUUUAGGUAAUUGCAAGAGUAAUGCUUCAUGGGUAACUUCUGUCAGGAUCGAGCUCCUAAAAGUCUAAGUCUCUGAGGAUGUCCACUUGUAGCUAUCAUGUAAGCAAUUAAAAAAAAAAAAAGAUUCAUUCACAGCUCAAAAAUCACACUAGACUAAAAAUGAGUGCAAGCAGAGACGAUUUACUUUGUAUAGCACUAAACCUUAUAUAUUGUCUAAAACACCAUGCACAUUCCUUUGGGAUAUAAAUAUCAAUCUGAUUAGCUAGCAGGUUUUGUUAGCCACAGUAACUUAUCCCCCAGGGUAUCUGAGCCAUCACGUGGCUCUAGGACUUCUGUGAAAGGUCGAGAGGACUUAACUAAGGUCUAUAUAAGUCAUUAGCCCUGUCAUCUGAAAAAGAAUCAAGUCAAGAGGACUCUGCAUAUCCUUUACCUUAAAGCAUUUUCUGUGCUUGGCGUGGGAAAACUAAGAGUCAAGGUGAACUGAACCUUUCUCCUGGGGGCUUUUGAAAUCAUCCCAACAAUCCAUGCAAAAAAUGCAUAAAAUAAACAGGAGAUCCCCAAAUCUCAUGUUAUUCUAUAAAUACUUUUGGUUUUGUCCUCAGCUUAUGCACUUCAAAACAUAGCUAGAGACAACACCAAGGCAGAUGUACUGUGCAUGUCUGAACUACAGGACAGAACAGUCUCCUCUUGCAGGGCAGCUCCUUUGGUUUGUGCUGGGACCUAUGUUGCAACCAUCCCGCUAAUCAAACCUGGCUGCCUACAUGAGGCAGCAUCAAAGGAUGGUGGAAGAGAUCAAUACAAACUCUACCCAACAUUGUUUUUCGUUCCACAGUAACACUGACAUGGCUCUUGUUGGUAUCCUGACAGAAGCUGAAAUUGCUGCUGGCCUACAGAGUUGCCAAGCUGCUGAUUCAUUCAAUUACAAAACCUUUUUUGUCAAAGUGGGUCUGAACUCCAAGUCCAAAGACCAGCUGGCCAAAGUCUUUGGGAUUCUGGAUCAGGACAGGAGUGGUUUUAUUGAGGAAGAUGAACUGAAACUAUUCCUGCAGAACUUCUCAGCCAGUGCCAGAGCUCUGACUGACGCUGAGACCAAGGCAUUCCUGGCAGCAGGAGAUAGUGAUGGAGAUGGUAAAAUUGGAGUGGAUGGUAAGACUCCCUUCACAGAACAGAGCAGUAUUUGCCCUUGGAACUUCCUAGCUCAGGGCAGCUGCCAUGCUCCACACACUGGUAGUUAUGGAUCUGAUUCUGAGGUGCUCAGCUCUGUUCUCUAUUGCAGAGGGGAUCUAACAUAGGAGUGGGUCUGUAUUCUGCCUCAGCUAUAGGUGGUCAGUCACUUUUUCAUGUAUGUAGACUUUUGCAGGGAUGGACCCCAAAUUUGUAUUUUUAAAAUUUUAGUAUUUAAUUUUGCUACUUUUUAUCAUUAAACUACCAAUACAAUAUGAUUCUUGAAUGCAAUAUUUGAUUUAAGUACCUCUUGUUAUUAUUAUCAGUACACAAUGUAUAACAUUUUAGGAGUGAUUAUCAGAUCAGUUAAUUAAGAGAUUCAGAAAGUACGUUUUUGAAUGUGCAGUUACAAAAUUUGGUUUCAUUUUAUUGUUCUUUUCUUUCUUUUUCAGAGUUUCAAGCCCUGGUCAAAUCUUAACAAGCAGUCCAGAGAAAGACCAAGAUACCUGCACCAUAAACAAUCUUUCCUAUUGCAAGUCUAUUAUUUAUGUUGUGCCCUGAAAGGUCAUGAACAGUUGUUGGCAAGUGACUUCACAUUGCUAGAAAACAUAUGUAGUAGUUUAAGCUCUACUUAAAACCUUGUUCCCCAAUGUCUUAACCAGACGGUCUCUAUACCACUGGGAGACUGAUUUAGAAUCCACUCCACUCAUCUGAAUAUUAAAAAACGUUAAGAGAAGUUAAAACCAUCUCUGCAGGCCAUUUAGUUUUCAGCAUUUGCAUAAACAGCUAGCAUCUGUUGUAAACAACUUGAAUUAAUAAAAUGUCUGUGUAUAAAACCUGAUUAUGCAAACUGGUAGCAGUGACAUCAUGCUUGUAUAUUCAAGACGUGUAUUUAGUACUCCGUAUGUUUUUAUGUCCUUCUUUUGCAACUAUGUUUCAUACACUACUUAAAUGGCAGGACUUUGUGCUAAUUAAGAUGUUAAUUGUAAUAUAAGAUUAAAUGAAUCAAGGUGAAUCCAGAUUACUGAAACAGAACUACAUUCAAAAUUCUCCCAGGAAUAGCUCACGUUCACAUCCACCUGAUGGCACUAUUGUUCCACUUACAAGAAGUUAAAGCAGUACUCUGUUUGAAUUAAUUCAAGUUGGAAUAUUUCCAGUAUCCCAUUUGUCCACUUCUGCUUAUAACUCAACUUUCCCAGAUUAAAUUAUCUCUGAACACAGAAUGCUAAAAUUUUUCUUUCCCAAAGGAGAGGUCUCUGUGCCUCAGAACUUGGGAGCAGGAUGGAGGGAGGUCAGAAGGAAGGUCUGUGGCGCUAGCUCGCACCUGGAGAAUGAAUACCUUCUGGUAGAUCCACUGAGGACACCGAAACCCCAUAGUGGCAAAUCCCAGGUGCAAAGCCCUUUCCUAUCCACAUCCAGCGGAUAGGAUCCGCAUCCAUGCUAAGCUGCACUUAGCAAGUUACACACCGUGGCUCAGAGUACAAACAAAGGAGAAAGGACUGCACACGGGCAGGAGCCAAGGGCCAAGCGUUCCUCUCUCUUCCAGUAAGAGACAUGAAGGGCUACACAGAGCCAGAACAGAGACGCUGUAUCUUUCAAUCAUACCAGAACUUCUGCCAAAAUGAGCUCUUGUACAAUCAGUGUAAAGAGUAUUAAUUGCCACUCACAUAGUUGUAAAAGUAAAUGCAUAAAUACUUGUGAGGAAAGACUACCAAAAUGAAGAGUGACAAAAAAAAAUUCAUUAGGAAAUCCAUCACUUUUUUCUUUACAGGUAGAUUAAAUAGCAAACAGGAAAUGUGAAAUGAGAUAAGUGCAACAUUGUGGACAGUUCUCAUUAACUGAACUGCAUCCAGUUUGUGCACCAACCACAUUUGGAUUCUGUCAAAAAACAGAGUGUGGUGAAGUUACAAUUUCACACAGCACACACAGCAAUCAAAUGUUACAAAAGUGAAUGGCUAACUCACUGCCUAACUAGACAUUGCAGUCUUCAUGUUAUUUUUAGAUUUACAGAUAUGAUAAAAAUAAACAGUUACCCAAACAUCCUUUAAAAUAAAUAAAUAAUCAAAAUUGUUUCUUAUCAUUUGGAAGGGAAAAAGACUUGGAACUCUUGAAAAGUCUUUCCAUGGGCAUUCAUCCUGUAAAAAUCUGUGUGACUGUCUCAUGUGGCAUUUCUUGGAGCUAUUUAAGAAGAUGUUCCAGUAUUUGCAGAUCAAAAAUGUUCAUUUCAAAAUUAUCUACUAAUGCUACAAUGGUACUGAUGCAUAGUACAUUUAAGAUAAGACAUUACAGGGAAACAAGAAAACAUCAAUACAAGGUUGGGGAAAUUACCACACUGCAGAAAAUUAAAGAAAGCUACGUGACUUUAAAGAAUACUCAGUAAUUUGUUCAUGCCUUAUACAUUAGCCAAAAUAUAUCUCUCCAUUAGCUCUAAUGAACGAAGCAGGCCCUCAUUUUGUAGAAUUUCCUGAACGGUGAGAAAAAGAGUCAUCCAUUAAAUGAACUCAUUUACAAUUUCAGCAUCUUCUCAGGAGAGCAAUAAACAAAGGAAACUCUGAGCAAUAAUAACUGAAGUCUGACUGCAAGGCCAAAGGCUAUCGUUAAUGUCAGAUAGCACUGUGCACUUGUCUGAUAUGCUUUGUAUGUUCAGCACAUAAUAUGGUUCACCUGAAGAUCUUCAAGUGUUGUGCCAAGAUUAAUGGCUCACAGAGACAGAAGGGCACAGACAGCUCAGAUAACUUUCGAGUUAUCAGGCAUCUCCUUCAUUUAACCACACUUACUUCCACGCUGACUAUUCUGCCAGGUCUAUACAAAUCUACGACCAUUUCACCACUUACCAUUCCAUUAAGGACAUUAAAAAAUUAAUGACAGGCUAGGUCUGAUAUCAGCCUCAGCGAUCACGCUGGCUUGUUAGGGUUUUAGACCUUUCCUCCCUUCAGCAUUACCUCUAAGCAGAUCAGUGCAGAAAACGCUGUUUCUGUCUCCCAGAAUACACACUCAUUCUUUUUCUUUCUUUCACUCACACCGCCUGUCCACCACUGUGAAAAGUCUUCUCCAAUCUUCUGCUGUAAGAAAGCUCUCUGAAUGGUGCCUGUAAGGCCACGACCAGAAGGAACGCUGCAUGACCAUACACAUGCACCUCCCCAGCAGGUCCCUUCAAGUGAACAGCAUUCUUCUGGACUCCUAAGUUGUUAGGUCUGAGACUGUCCCGCAUUUAGCAAAUGCUUUAUCCAACUCCGUCCACCAGCCUUUAAAUACGGGACUGACUUUUGUCUAUCUGAUUUCUUCACAAGCUUUAUGCACACGUUUUAAGUGCUAUGCAGAAUCUAGACACCUGCUUCUCCCUUCUUUAGAAGGC